AUGGAAACGAGAGAGGCAGCACCUACUCAUUUUCUGAUCAAGAUCGAUUCUUUCUACAAGAGUGGGAUUGAUAAAUACGAGACUACGGAAUUUGUUGCUGGAGAAUACAAAUGGAGACUAAUAAUGUAUCCUAAUGGAGACAACAUUGUCGGAAAAGAUAGCGGCUACGUUUCUGUAUAUUUGGCCAUGGCCGACACAAGUUCGUUGCAUGCAAAUUGGGAGGUCAAUGUUGUCUUUAGCCUUUUUAUCUAUAAUCAGAUUUCCGGCAAUUUUCUUUCUUCACUAGGAAGAACAAGACGUUUCUUAGGAAUGAAGUCCGAAUGGGGAUUUUCAAAAUUUAUCUCUCAGAAAGUUUUGUCCGAUCCAUCAAAUGGAUACCUAGUUGAUGACAUCUGCAUGUUUGGUGCCGAGGUUUUUGUCCUCAAAAGAGAGACACUCACCACUACCGGACGUUUGUGUCUGAAAAAUGUCGAUAUUCCUUUCAAACGUGAAUGGAAGAUUCCAAACUUCUCUAAACAUGCAAGGAUUUGGGAAUCUGAAAAAUUUACUGCUGGAGGCCACAGAUGGAAGGUCCAGCUAUACCCGAAAGGAACUAGCAGCAAUGUCUCCAUCUUUUUGUGGCAUGUUGGUCCCGAAAGAGUGCAGGCGUGUUAUACCAUAUGGAUCAAGAACCAGGUUAAUGACGAACAAGUCAAACGAACUACUACACACUUGUUUCCAUCUUCUGGCGAGAGUUGGGGAUGGCCUUCCUUCAUUGAGCUUGAUUAUAUAAACGAUCCUAAAAGAGGACUCAUUGUGAACGACUGUUGUAUUCUCGCUAUUGAAAUCUCUUCUGUGCAAGCAGCUGUUGCGUAG